GGCCUAUAUUGCGUCGGUAGUAGAGUCAAGUAUUCAUUUUCGUUUAGUUACAGGUUUAAAAAAACAACAUGGAUCAGCACAUCCCUACAGAGUUACCUAAGGAAGCAAGUUCAGAUCCAAAUAAAGAAAAAACAGCAGACAUUGAAGCUACUAACAAUUGGGAUCUCAAGACAGAAAAUUAUUUGACGCAGACGAAAAUCUGGCCCGUGAUAGGCAGGCACAUUCUAGCCCACUUUGAUGACACCUCCAUUGUUGUUUAUCAAGCCUUCAAACCAUCCAUUGCAGAAUUUGCUGUCCAAAACCAAAGAUUAGGUGGACCAAAUUACAGUGUGGAUAGAAUGUCUUGGAUUAAAACUAACUUCCUUUGGAUGAUGUAUCGCUGCGGGUGGGCACAGAAGGCCAACCAGGAGAGAGUUCUUGCUCUGAGAAUCACCAGAGAAGGUUUUGAGGAUAUUUUGUCCAAGGCUUUGACGAUCCACAAACAAACAGCUCUAGGGAUUUCAACCAAAGAUGUGGAGGUAAGACUUCAGUGGGAUCCUGACCACAACCCAAGGGGAGAAAACCUGCAACGUCGUGCUAUCCAGCUAGGACUUAAAGGAAAGACAUUGUUGAACUUUACAAGUACAUACAUCGUCAACAUCAAGGAUAUAACAGACUUUGUACACCAGCAAUACCAUGUUUUAACUACCAAAGGCGAAGACUCUCUUCAGUGUCCUUGUGAGAGAAUUUAUAUACCAAUACACAAACAGACAUGUCAACAAAUUGAUCUUUCUGAAGAAAAAUAAUAGAAGUAGUGAACAGGAUUUACAAUGAAGUAUAAUAGGCAGUUAUACCACCCAACAGCUGUAUUCAACACAGUUUGCCUGUAAAACGAAGGUGUUCAGUUGGCAUGCAGUUGUGGCAGUAAUGGAUACACCAGGGGAUGCAGGAACAAAUGCUUUUUAAGUGACAUUUGAAAAAAAGCCAUCAUAUCUUAAAGUAAGCAUUCAAAGUAAGAAUGUCAAAUGUGAAUCAGAAUGUUGGUAGUGUUUAAUAGUGAGCAUUACAAAAUGUCUGUUCUGAUAUUAAGCUGUGAUGCUUGAAAUACAAUGGGUUUCACUUCCAUUAUUUUGUGUCCUGUGUGUAAGGCAUGACAAGAAGUGAGUUAUUUAAAUUUUGAAAAAUAUGUUAUACUUAAACUAAACAGUUGAUUAAAAAUUUAUUUUUUCAA